GUCAAGAUGGUACCUCGCCUCCGCUUCCUCCGUCCGUACUCUGUUCAACCGCUCCCUACGGGGACACCCUCAGGAUGUUCCGCGUACCUGCGCGCACUCAUGGCCGCUCGGCUAAAGGAGCUGCGGCCUGCCGGCGGACUGGAAUACCCCAGGCUCACGAAGAAGGGAAAAUCAAGAAGUGUUCGUGCGUUUCAAGCUGAGUUCGGGACCCGCGCUGCCACGGACCUUGCGAGUGUAUCGGAACAAUACACGCUUUGCGGACGUGUUCUACAUGUCCGACGGUUCGGCGCCAAAUUCUACAUCAUCAAGAUUCAGGAGAAUGGCUCUUCCACUCAGGCCCUGGUGAAUCUUGGCAAGUUGACCGACGGCACCGACUCCAAGCAUUUCAAGGCAUUGUCUAUGUUGCUCAAGAGGGGAGAUCAUAUCUCUGUGACUGGUCGGCCAGCAAGAUCGGACUCGAUGGAGCUGUCCAUCGAGGCCUUGCAUAGCCCGCAGCUGCUCUCUCCCAGCAUAGCGCCGCUGCCAUUCCAGAUCCCACAAGAAUCGAGAAUGCAUAAUCGGCACAUGGACCUGCUGUUGAACCGCUCAGCCAGGGACACCUUGCUCGUGCGCGCAUUCAUCAUUCACCACCUCAGAGAACAUCUGCACAAGACGCUCAAGUGCGUCGAGGUUCAGACUCCCAUCUUGGCUGCCAACGCUGGAGGAGCGGUGGCCCGGCCCUUCUCCACCUACGCGACUGAAUUCGUGCACAAGGAUAUGGCACUGCGCAUUGCCCCCGAAUUAUGGCUGAAACGACUCAUUGUUGGUGGUCUUGAUAGAAUUUUCGAGAUUGGCCCGUCUUUUAGGAAUGAAGGCGUGGACGCUACUCAUAACCCCGAGUUCACCACGUGCGAGUUCUAUCUGGCCUAUACCAACCUCGAUUCCUUGCUCCACAUCACCGAGAACCUCAUGGCCACACUCGCAAAGGGCGUCAGUGCUUUUCUUGCCAAGAACGAACUUCAAGUGGAGGCCCCAGAUCCCAAGAUCUUCGAGAAACGCUUUGAGCGGGUUGAAUUCAUCCCGGCUCUCGAAGAGGCUCUGGGCCAGCCUUUGCCAAACUUAGACUCUCCCAGGGCUGUCACUGACAUCCUGAAACUCUUGGAAGACGCAGGCAAGGAAUGGCAUAAAUCCCUGCCGCCCAACCCUUCCCUUCCGAAGCUUCUUGACCACAUGGCCGCGGCGGUCAUCGAGCCAAAGUCCAGCGACCGACCGCUGUACAUCAUCAAUCACCCAGUCUGCAUGUCGCCGCUGGCCAAGUCCUUCACCUGUCCCACGACGGGUCAACAGGUUGCGGCCCGCGCGGAGCUCUUUUUCGGGGGCAAUGAGUUGGCCAACAUGUACGAGGAGGAGAACGACCCUUUCAAGCAAAAGCGCAAGUUUGUGAACCAGGCCAAAGCGAAACUGGACCAGCAGGGCGUAGCGGUGGCAGACCAGGACGAUGAUCCGGCCCAUGUCAUCGACGAGCAGUACAUCUCGGUCCUGGAGUCUGGUCUCCCGCCCACCGGUGGCUGGGGGUGCGGGGUCGACAGGCUUGUUAUGCUGUUCACGGGGUCGAAAAGGAUCAGCGAGGUUCUGCCCUUUGGGAACCUGCGGAAUGUUGUUGGGUUAGCAUCU